GCGGGCGAGCAGCUACCUGACCAACCGGCGAGCCGCGUCGCGAGCCCGGACGGCUUUGAGAGCGCGCGUGCGCGCCCCGCGCCCCUUGCUUGGUGCUUCUCCUCACUGCUUGGGCCGAGCGAGCGAGUUCCUCGCCUCACAGGGCGGGAGCCAGGCGCGGCGGCGGUACCAGCGGGAACGUUUUUGGCGGGUACAAGAAGCUCAAGAUGAGAAGUUGGCAAAAUGAUUUAAAGACUUUUAAAGCAAAUAUGAAUGAAUAAGGAUUAAUUUUAUUUGUGUGAAGGGAGCAUGAGAAUGCAACAGUUUGGAGCAGACUAAGUGCUCUAGGACAUGGGUGUGGAGGUCCCAGGCAUCUUUUCUUUUUACUGUCAGUUAUAUUUUGGAUUUUUAGGAAAACACUUGAAAACUCAGUCUCUAACUGGGUCUUCUCCAGACACAACUGAUCCAUAAUUUAUGAAGCAAUCUCAAACUUAAAUUUCAGUUUUUACCAGUAAGACUGAACUUGUUGAAGGAUUUUUGGCGUUGUACACAAAGGAACAAAUAAGGAGACUAAAACGCAAGACCAGCCUUCCAGUGUGCCCCCUACUCCCCCUUGAAAGAAAAGGAUUUUCAGCUCAACCUUGCACCAGCUGUUACCCGGAUUUAGCAGUCAAGAGAGAAAUAAACAAAAUUAAACAACGCAUGCCAGACAACCCCAGUUCCUGGUGAAAUCAGGGGAGAGUGCUCCUACUUUAAAAGAAGAGAACGUUCGCGGCACAAGGUGGGGGGGGGGCAGAGAAUGAUGUGCACAAGCAUGACAGAUUUGCUAACACAAUAACCUUCCUCUGAGCAACAACCAGAAUGUACUGCUUUAUACUAAAAGCAGAUUAAAAAGGAGAAACUUGCUCCAGAGUAUACAUUGCAAAAUCACCAUGUGUUUUCUGAAACAAAAAUAAUAACAAAGCAAACCAUCAAAACCUGGUAUAUACCUUGUGUCUUUCAUUGAUCACCUUCCUUGGGGUGCUUAUUUGGCUCAUCCUGCACUCUUGCACUAAAACGUCUAGCCCAAUUCUGAUACUUCAUUUGCUACAUUUUUCAACACUGUGUCACCUCAGAAGAGGAUCAUCUCUACUCUACUCUAGGGAGUGCACUUUUUUACAGGGCUUUCCUGGUACAGGAACCUGCGCAAUUUCUUGAACCACUAGAAUUUUCAAUUGGAGUACAAGCUCCCAUUUUAUAUUUUUAAUUUUCCUUGCCCCACAAUCUUGGGACUACAUAUAGAAUUCCCAUUGUUGUCUUCUGUGACACUUUGUUGUGAAUACUACUAUUCAUUUUCAUCUGGAUCAUACUGUAAAUCUGAUCUGACUCGUAACAGCUAACUACAAGAACUUGAAUACAGAUUUAAAAGUCUCUUCUUUGCACAGUUGCUUUUCUUUUUGAAGGUCCCUCCUGCAUUUUCUUGUCCUUUCUGACUCCGGUUGGGCCUGGGCUAUGCUGCAGGGCGGAUCAUCCAUCAGAGCUCCAACAUGCCAGCAGCAUCUGGAAAGAGAUUCAAACCCAGCAAGUAUGUCCCUGUAUCAGCGGCUGCAAUCUUCCUAGUAGGAUCCACCACACUCUUCUUUGCUUUUACGUGCCCAGGGCUUAGCUUGCAUAUCUCCCCAAUCAUUCCCAUUUACAAUGCUGUGGUCUUCCUCUUUGUGCUGGCCAACUUUAGUAUGGCCACCUUCAUGGAUCCAGGCAUAUUUCCUCGAGCUGAAGAAGAUGAGGACAAGGAGGAUGAUUUCCGAGCUCCAUUAUACAAGACUGUGGAGAUAAAGGGUAUUCAAGUGCGCAUGAAAUGGUGUGCAACGUGUCGCUUCUACCGGCCCCCACGCUGCUCUCAUUGCAGUGUCUGCGACAACUGUGUGGAGGAAUUUGACCAUCACUGUCCCUGGGUAAACAACUGUAUUGGGCGGCGCAAUUAUCGCUAUUUCUUCCUGUUCCUGCUCUCACUUACAGCACAUAUCAUGGGUGUAUUUGGUUUUGGCUUGCUGUUUGUCCUGUGUCAAGUUGAAGAGCUCUCUGGGAUUCGUAUGGCCGUCACUAUGGCUGUGAUGUGUGUGGCUGGCUUGUUUUUCAUUCCUGUUGUAGGCCUUACGGGAUUCCAUGUGGUCUUGGUAGCCAGAGGUCGCACUACAAAUGAGCAGGUUACAGGCAAAUUCCGGGGUGGAGUAAACCCUUUCACCAAUGGCUGUUGUAAGAACGUCAGUCGUGUCCUCUGCAGCUCCCCAGCCCCUAGGUAUCUUGGACGGCCAAAGGCAGAGCAGACUGUGUCAGUGAAGCCACCAUUCCUGCGACCAGAAAUAUCAGAUGGACAGAUUGCUGUAAAGAUAAUGGACAACGGUAUCCAGGCUGAGCUAAAAAGAACAAAGUCCAAAGGAAGCCUUGAGGUGACGGAGAGCCAGUCUGCUGAUGCUGAGCCACCGCCACCACCCAAGCCAGACCUCAGCCGCUACACAGGUCUGAGGACGCAUUUAACCCUGGCCACCAAUGAGGAUAGCAGUUUGCUAAGCAAGGACAGCCCUCCAACUCCAACAAUGUACAAGUACCGACCUGGCUAUAGCAGCAGCAGUACUUCAGCUGCACUGCCUCACUCCACCAGCGCCAAGCUAAGUCGAGGAGACAGCUUGAAGGAGGCAACCUCCAUUGCUGAGGGCAGUCGAAACCCCAGCUACCGUUCUGAGCCAAGUCUGGAGCCAGAGAGUUUUCGGUCUCCCACUUUUGGCAAAAGUUUCCAUUUUGAUCCACUAUCCAGUGGCUCCCGUUCAUCCAGCCUCAAGUCUGCCCAAGGCAUGGGCUUUGAAUUGGGCCAUCUUCAGUCGAUCCGCUCUGAGGGCACCACAUCCACAUCUUACAAGAGCUUGGUGAACCAGACACGCAAUGGGAGCUUGUCCUACGACAGUCUUCUCACACCCUCUGACAGCCCUGACUUUGAGUCAGUGCAGGCAGGCCCAGAGCCAGAGGCCCCCAUGGGCUACACAUCUCCUUUCCUCUCGGCACGUAUUGCCCAGCAGCGGGAGGCUGACCUGCACAGUCGUUUCCCAAGUUCUGGCUCACCGAAGCACCAGCCACCCCGUGACCCUUCACCUGUCCGUUAUGACAAUCUUUCGCGCCACAUUGUGGCCUCCAUGCAGGAGCGGGAGAAGCUGCUACAGCAGUCACCCAUGCCACCACCCCUGGCCAGAGAGGAGGAUACAGCACUGGGGGACUCAGGCAUCCAGUCCACCCCAGGCUCCAGUAAUGCUCCACGUACCAGCUCCUCCUCGGACGAUUCAAAACGCUCCCCUCUGGGCAAGAACCCACUCACCCGCCCAGUGCCACCUCGCUUUGGCAAGCCAGAACCACCACAUGCACUCAGAGUGCGCUCUCUGGGCUCACCAGACCAGCCUGCAGCCCCACACUUGGGCAAAUCUGUGUCUUACAGCAGCCAAAAACAGUCCUCGCAGGCCAUUGUCCCAGAGACUGAGGAGGUGGCCUUGCAGCCUUUACUGGCACCAAAAGACGAGAUGCAGAUGAGACCCUCCUACAGCAAGUCCAAUGGACAGCCCAAAAGCCUGAGCUCAACCUCGCCCACCCCUGGUCAGCCACCUCUCAGCAGCCCCACUCGUGGAGGAGUCAAGAAGGUCUCUGGAGUGGGUGGGACUACGUAUGAGAUCUCUGUAUGAGGAGGUGAUAUCCCCACUGUUGACUCCUCCAUGGCUGAUUCCAAAAUGCUCUAUCCCUGAUGAGCAGGAGAUUGGGACUUGCUCACCAAAUGGUUGCCCCAUCAGAUGCAUGGACCUUUUUUUACAAAUACAGUUUUUUUGCAGGGGGGAGAGCUGAAGGGACAGCUACCUUUUUAAACUAAAGUAUCUGGUAUUGGGAGAGUCCCUAAACACUACAGCAGGAUUCUAGCCUUGCUCAUCUCCACAGCCUGCACUCUUCCUCUCAACCAAGAAAGAGACUGCAAUUUGUAGCGCACACUGCCCAGAGAGAAGGGGAGGGAGUUGCUCUCAGCACCCUCUGUGAGAGAAGGUACAGGCUGCAGGCUGCCCCACUACCAACAGGACAGUCAGUUGUGGACCUUGUGCAAUUGCUCGCCUAGUGCGGUAGGAGUGGAUCAUUUCUAAAUUUUUUUAUUGUUAACGGAUGCUAUUUUUUCCUGUUCUGAGUUACUGGGUGUGUGUAUAUAUAAAUAUCUAUAAAUAUAUAAAUAUAAAUAUUAAAAUAUAUAUAUAUAUAUCCAUAUGGAGCGUGGGGUGGCCCUGGCAGACCCCAUUAGCUGGGCCUGAGGAAGCCAUGUAUGGAGCAUUUUAAUUUUGGAGGAGUCCAAAGGGCUGUAUUAAUCAUUUCGUUUACGUUUGAAUGGGUCAGGCAAAAUACAAAAACUGCUGUUAAAUCACUAUCCUUGGACAAGUAUGGCUGAGGAAAUGCUAAUAUGUUACCUAAUUGGUACCACUGACCUGGUCAUCCCAGUGCCUGUGGCCAGGCUUGAGUUUGGCUUGUUCUGCCCCACUCUGGAUUGUCCUUUCCAGGAAAUGAAGGGAAUAGACAAAGGCUUCCUAAUCCUUGCUCUAUCCUUCUGGAAGAUUUUCUCUAUGAAUAAAUCCUCCUUUUCUGGGGGGCUUGGGGGUGGGGUUAAGAAGACUAUGGGAGUGUUUGGCUUCCCAUGUUUUCAGCUCCAGGCAGGCUUUGACUUCUCAGUAAAAUGACUCCCAGUGAAAGGAUGCCAUACCCUACAAACCAGGCCAAUCAGCAUGCACAGGUGCCAGUUGCAUACUAUAAGGAUACAGGAUCGUGCUUUGGGUGCUGAGCAGGAGGAGGGUGGCAGUGGCAUUGGAGCUGUGUCGCCUAUGUGGAUAUAUUACUUGUAUUUAGUAAAUCCCUCCCCCAGGUGGUUUUUUACAUUGCUUUUAUGAUUUGUUCCAUAUUGAUUUAUUGUGGUAUCAUGGUUCUUUAUUCACAAACUGGGCAACAGAAAGAAGAGGGAAAACAAACAAACCAAAAAGCAAUAUUUUUCCAUAUGCCAAAAAACUUUCAACCCCUAAAAGCCCAUGAGUAAAAAUCAGAGCAACCCAGGAAUCAAACAAUCUCCAGUCGCUACUGACUCUUUCUCUAUGGCAAUAUCUUUACUGUGGCCUGCAAUGGGCCACACUUUUAUUUUUAUUAUGACUAGCCAUUUUAAAAUGAGGAAUAAAAAAUUAUAUAAUGAGCCACUCCCUCCAUGCUUGUGUAGUUUUGUUUUGUUUUGUUUUGUUUUGUUUUGUUAACCUGGGGAGGAGAAAGGUCCUGGUGGUUAUCCUUCAGUAUUGCUUGCCAUGCCCACCCAAAAUGGUUCCGUAGGAAGGACAUUACUAGCUUCUGAUCCUUGGUAAUUCGAACUGCAGGCAUUGUGCUGAUUUCCAGAGCUGGUGCAAAAGGUUUCCCAAGAAGGUAAGUGAGGAAUGCUCAUUCAGUCAUCUACAUUCCAAACCUCGUUACAGAGGAGGCUUACAAUGGAGGACUGGUUCAGAAAGUAGUUGCAUAUUAUACCCUAGGUUAAGGGCUAGGCCUCGAAGUGGCUUGCAAUAGAAAAGGAAAGAAACAAAUAUAAAAAUGCCAUUAAAACAAAUAACCCUCAACUGCACUUGCUACAUUCUAAACUGUGUUCCAUCUCAAUUGAUAAAACUGCACAGCAUUUCAAAUGAAGUUCUGUGUUAUUAGUGAAAUUUCCAUCUUUGCUACAUUCAAGUCUACAUUCUCUUUGUUUUUGUUUCCUUCACACCUUGAUGAAAAUAUUGGACACCAAGCAUAUAUAUAUAUAUCCUCCUUAUCCUGCAGUUCUGAUACAGAUGGUUGGAAAACCACUUCUUGUGAGGAGCAUGUGGCUCAACUGCAGCCGGUAAUUUUUAUAUUCAAAUAAUAGAAUUUCACAGAAAAGGAAUCUAAAGGACUUUGGAGGAAGCUAUGAGCAAGUGAUGCAGCUAUCUAUAUGGCAACAGUUGCCAGGUGAGAUGUCUUAAUCCAGCCAAAACUAGGCACGACAAAGUCCCCUUGAUUUCAGUAUUAAACCCAUGCUUCUCAUUGAUUCGUGUGGGAAAGUUAUUGACAUGCCCAAUAUUACUUAAAUAGUACCAUUGAUAUAGAAGGUAGUUACAGUCUCUAAAUUUCAUAAAGAGAUGCCCUGAGUGAUGCUUUAUAGAAGAAGGGUGGAGUAUAAAAGUGCAUUAAAUAAAUAAAUAAAUACACACAACUGCUGUUUGUAUACAUCAGCGUAAUGUGAUUUCUAAUUUCUGGUAGAUAAACACUUAAAAUAUAUAUGUCAUAAGUGCUAAUAACAACCAUGAUGUUCAUGCAUAAAGUCAGUGCUUUAUUUCAUUAAUUCUUUUAUUAACUAUGGAAACAGAUUCUCCUGAAUUCUUCUACUUUAGAGACUUAGGAAGGGGCUUGGCUCAGAACCGGCUACAGCAGUAAUGGUUUUAGGCCUGCUUGGUCCUUCUAUCUAGAGUGAUUCAGUUUCCAUAGAUGUUUCCACCUUGGUGAGUUACGUUUAAAAUUAUCCCAGAAUGUGUGCUUAAGCUCUUCAGCGGCUCUUUUAAGUGUUCUGCUUCUUGUUGAUGACAGCAAGAGUGCUAAUUGCCCCAAUUACAGUUCUGAGCCAGAGCCUUGAUGUUGCUUACUUUGCCUCAAGGAGAAGCCUUUGAACCUCGUUUGUAUCUCCCAAUACCUGCUCAUCAUCUGGAAGAGCUGAGUAAGGCUGUGGUAGUACAGUAAUGGCGACUAAGCAUCUGACAGACACCUUCAUGAAAGCAGGCUAUAAUCCUAUAGCAGGCAGUCUUCAAGAAAAGGGAGUUCCCAGUGAAGACUAGUAGGAUUGUAGAAAGUCUUAAUUCUAAUAGCCUGUGGGUGGGACUCAUUAGGCUGCUCUGUAAUGAAUUCUAAUUCAAGUGAUCUUGGGAACCCUGGCUUCUCACUAGCUGCUGUUCAUUUGCCUUUUUGCUAGGAGACAAGACUAACUUAACUUCCACAACAGUGCGCCUUGCCAUGGUACGCUUCCAUACCACCAAAUCUGCAUGCAGUGUAAGUUGGAAGGGACAGCCUCAACCAAUUUCUGCCGUAAAUUGCACAGAAAUUAUGAUGAAAACUGUCCCUGUUGAAUUCUCAACAUAUAGCAGCUAGACACAGCCUCAUACUGGGAUUGGGGGCGGGAGAGAAACACAUGAUAUAUUUUGCCAGGGAUAGAGAGGGGGUGGUGUCUUCCCCUAUGGGAUGCUCCUUUAGUUCCCACCUGAAGUACAUAUAAUUGAGAUGGCUGCAUAUUCUUCCCUCAUCUGUCCCUGCCUCUGUUCUCUUCUGCUUUUUUUUAAGAUUGAAGGCUGCUUGGGAUAAGGGCAUGUCAGACCUCUACUUUAUAACAUGCCACACACACAGAUGGUGCUGUGUGAAAAACAACUGCAAUAUUGUAAGUGAUUGUGUGGAGGGUCCUUACUUGGAACUGAUGACCUUUUAAGGUUCCGUUCCCAGCAUUUCCAUGGUGAUCUUUUAAGGAAGAAGAUUCUUCAACUUGCCUAAGCAGCUGGUUCCAUUGCUGAUCAGCCCUUACUGGUAACUCUUGGCAGUUUCCGUAUAAUUUUAAAUCUGCCCCCCCUUUUAAAACCCCUUUUGUAUCUGCUAUUUUUGAGAUGGUCAACAGCAUCUCUUAAUCUUUUGUGAGCUGAACACACUCAGCCCCUUUAGCUUCUUCUUGUAAUCAUAAGUCUCAUAUUCUUUUGAACUGUAGUACUCUGUUUUAAAUAUCUCUUUAUGACACUGCUGCACAGAAUAGUAUUACGGGUUCUGCUAAUACAGGUUGGAUUGGCCUAGCUGUACAGCUUUGCACAGGCUUGUUGAACUGAACCCUCCCCCUCUCACACAUUGGCGCAUUAAGAAUCUGCAAGUCUUGUCAUACCACAUUUCAAGAGACCCCCUUGGAGAGUAAUGACGUAACUUUGUUAUGAAAUUAACUUUAAAUUAUAUUUGAUUCACACCGUUGCAAAGGGAAACAAAUGAACAGGGAGUGACUUGAUGAGCUUCAGUCAACCAUUUGGGCUUUUGACUGCAAGAAGCUAAUGGUUAGCAUUGAAGAAGGCUGCCAUGUUUCCAGGCUUGUAAGUCUGCCACCACCACCACCCCAAAAAAGCAGAUGUCAUGAGUAAAGAAUAGGGCUAAGCACUAGGCAGGAGAUCUGAAUCCAUCUUCUGCUUCUGCCAUAGUUUCUCACUGAGCAAAUCAUUUUUGAUCCCAGUUCCAAAUUUAUAAAAUUGAGUACAGCAGUGACCUACCUCACAGGGUUGUUGUGAGGGCGCAAAUAAAGAUUGUAACACACUUUGCUAAUUAAAAGUGCCACAGACGUGAUUGGUGAUGGUGUCUACUUGGGUAACACAAAUGGGCUGCCCACAGUUUCUGUGGUCAGUGCAGGUCAGUGUCUUUUGGCAUCGGUUACUCUUUUGCUAAUGGUCAUUAUUCCUUUUGAAAAUUAAUCGUUCAGUUGCGUAGCAUUAAUUUGCCUGUUCUACAUAUUUUUGAAAUAUUGGCUGUGUUGCAUGCUGAACAGCUGCCCACAAAUGAAAUAUAAUACUUGAUCAAAAAUAGAAAUCAAAGUAAUGUACAUUUGACAAAGAUAAGAGCAUGGGUAGCUAUUCCCAUCACUCAAAAAGGUGUUAUUUACUCCUCAAAAACAUUUGACAGAAGCACAGAUAUCUAUUUUUUUAUGCAAAGUUCUCUGUGUGACUUACAAAAAUAAAAACAAAAACAUAGCUAGCUGUAUGUAUAGUAUGGUUACGGUAUGUCCACAAAGUCUGCUGUCUUUGCAUAGAAUACAUUGGUCUGUGAGGCAGCUAUGCCCUAUUGACCACUCAAGUUAUUUUUUAGCCUUCACAAAAAAAAGAAAGAAACCCCACCAAAGCAGACCUUCCAGGGCCAUAAUUUUUCCCAAAUUACAAAAGAAUAGUCCUUAACCUUGCCUACCUUGCUACCUGCCACGUGUAAUCCAUCUAAGCUUACUUGUGCCUAAAUCUUAGAAGAAGGAAUGGAAUGUGAUUUUGUUGUGACUUCUGUUUCGAAGGGAGAGCCACAAUUUUUUUUGAAUUUAAUCAUUGUUUCAAACUAUUUGAGCUCUGCAAUUUACUUCAGUGCUAGUCAAUAUAGGUAAACCAAAAUGUUCAAUACAGUGGAUGUUUUAUGUUGAGGCAUAUUUGUGUAUGUAAAUAAUAGUUCCAUGCACCACUGGUCUUCAACUGGUGCAUCAGGGCCUGAUCCAAGGUGGGUCGCAACAGGAGCUGUGCCACCAUGCAAAUAUUAAGGUAAGAGAUUAAGAAAUGGGUCCCUAAAUGCAUGUUUGAGUUAAAAGUGGGCCCUGGGUCUGCAAAAGUUGAAUGUCUGCCAUACAGCAUGACCUGGUAGCAGAUUUCAGACCGCUUACUAUUUUCUUGGCAGAAGGACAAAACCUCAUUGUUUGUGACCCAUUUCUUCUUUGUGGGAAUAUGUAGGACCCAGACAAAAAAGAGGGGGAUUGUCUACACAUCAUUACACCAGCAGGUGUCUGCAUUCAAAGGUUGCUAGUGGAUCUGGGACCAGCUACCAGCUGUCAACGGAUAAGCCAGCCAAGGACUGGACCUCUUUCAAUAUGUAAACUUUUUAGAUUGAUGGGGGAGGGUAAGAAAAUACGGCAGAGGGUUGUAAUGUUAUGCAUAAUGUUGGGUGAGCUUUACUGCCUUUCUGUCAACACCAGAAAUUGAGAUUCCCAAGUGAACUUUGCUGUGGUGUAGAUUGAAGAUAAUAAUAAAAAGGAGCACUUCAUCCAGUGCAUACUUAAAAGGCCUGGCAUUCACUGCUCCAAGCAGUGAUGGGUGCUACAUUAGAUGGCUGGAGAAUAGGUUUGUCAAUGGUGCCUUGGUCUUCAGAAAGCAGCAUGCCACUAAAUGCUGUUAGGUUUACAGCAGGAAAGGGCUGUCACUGUCCUCAGGCUUGCUUAGAGGCAGGUGGUUUAACAUGGUGUGAAGCAAGAUGUUGGAUGAGAUGGGCUAUUGGUUUGAUUCAGCUGGACUAUUGCAUUGUUAAGAGGCUGUGGUGCAGAUUUACCUGUGGGCUGAAGGAGGUGGUGCGGGGAACCCUGUGGCUGUAUAGCAGGAGAAGAGGUGCUGUGGGGUGCAGAGAGCAAAAGGCUAAUGUAGAAGUUUAAAAGAAACCAGUAAAAAGGGAGAGAGGCAUAUUUUUCUGCAAUUAGCACACCACUCAAACCUUCAUCCCAAAGCCCUCUUGUAAAUAUGCAAAUCACACAAAAUUUAGCAGUUUAAUUGUACCUUCAACAAAAUUUAUUGCAGGGGAAAACUGUCAUGAGCUAGAACUCACUUUGUCAUCUUUAUCUUAAAUGGGUGGAGAUAAACAUCUGUGCAGAAACAAGAGUCAGAGGGCUCAGUAAUACAAGAGAGAGUUGUGCUACGAAAGAUAUAAUCAGGGCGUGACACAUUCCCAACUGCUAAUAAAGUAUGGCAGCUUUCAUGUUACAGGAGUCUGUCUGGCCAUUGUGUAAGAGACUUUAUAAAGUUGCCAUACUUUGUAACAAAAAAAGAUUUCAAAGGGAGGCUACAGAAUGAUGUUGCAGAGUUGGAAUUCAUUUUCAGAUCUGACACCCUAACUUAGUCUCAGUAUAGUUAGGGAGUGUCUCUCUCACACAGCUGUCCCAUUUUUGGUGUUCCUGUACACCAUCUUGUUUUUGGCAGGCAGUUAAUAUUUGGGAAAGUUUGCAUCUACUCUGCUAGGAUUGCAUUGCAUUUAUAAUGCCGCCUCCCCUUUUACAUGUGAACCAAGAAUGCCGCUUUGUGCAUUUUACAAAGUGGGCUCUGGCCCAUGAAACCUUAUGACACAAUAACUGUUAAGUCUUUUAAAGUGUCACUAUCCUUUUUUUUGUUAAUGUAUGAGUUGCACAUUAUUGGUGUGGUGCAUUUCUAUGUACAAAGAAAUAUUGCACACCUUCCUGGUGCUACUAGUAGUGGAUGGGUGUUGUCUCAUUUCAAAACUGCCCCAGUGCAAUGCUUUGGGUGUUGGUAGGAUUGCCAUACGUGCAGAAUUUCCCAGACAUACCAGAAUACUGCAUUUUCCAGCAGAAAUUGGCCAAAUGUCUGGGAAAAUCCAAACAUAUGGCAGCCCACGUUAGCAUUGCUCGUUUUCCCUUAAAAUAGCUCAAAAACAUCAAAGCUCAACAAUUUUGGGCAAAACUAAAAAAAAGCUCAACAUUUUUUCUGUCUGGAUUUUCACUGUUUCAAAUAGUGGCAACCCUAAGGUUAGUCCUACUUGUAUUGUCUUACGGCUGACAUGAAGGGUGACUUGGUUCCCCUCAGGUGUGUACUCCUGUGCUGCCUAUUUACGUUAUUCUAAAGAAUUUUAGAAGCAGAUUGUUCACACCAGUUUCUGUUACCUUCCACAAUUCCUAUUGAUGCUGCCCAGUUCAGCCUGGAUUUUUUUCUUAAUACUAAAAUGCUGCCUGUGGAGCUACUUGCAUGGGAACAUCCACCUGACACACAGGAUGAUCUGGGGAGGGAAUCUUUGGUCCUCCAGAUGUUUGUGAACUACAUGUCCAUCAGCCCCAGCAAACAUGGCCAAUGGGUGUUGAAGUUCUGUAACAUCCGGGGGAGGCUGAAGGUGCGUUUCCCUUCCCUGAAACAUAUCCCCAGGGCUGCAGAGGAGAGGACAGUAUUUUUCUGAUGGUUCUGGGUUGGGUUGGGAACAGAGAAAGUAUUCCUUACCUGUUCUUCAGGAUGCAGAAAUCACCAGUCACUUAGAGGAACAGGAUCAGCCAGUUUUGCCCCACCUUUCCUACUAGCAAUGGCUUUUAAUUUAGAUGCAUGUGAUAAUUGGGGGUAGAGAAGAGUCGGGAGUGGAGUAGACUUUCAUCCUUUCCCUUUAUUAUCAUCAGCUUUCUUUUGUAAGCACAUGGAAGAGUAGCAAGCAAAGCAUUAUUAUAUGAUCCCCAUUUACUGCUUCAGCUCGGUUCAUUACUUUGUUGUCUAUAGCAAAAUGGUGAAGAAGAUGGAGAUGGAAUAAACAGCUCAUACUGCUCUUCCAAAGGUACUGAGAGCAAAGGAAAUGGCAGUCAGAUUGUUCAAGGGCCGCAACGGGAGUGUACUGAAAAUAGAUCCAGGACCUAGUAAUUUUAGUUACAAAUAUCUUCAAAAUGCAAGGAGGAAGAGAAUUUAAAAAAACUCUGUCCAACCACCCUUUUCUCUUUUAAUAUUUAUUAGCCUGGUAUAUCAGGAGGAGGAUCUACAGGUGGAGAACCCAACUCCUUCCUUUGGUACCCAGGUAGUGUAGCGUAAUGGUUAUGGUGUCAUAGCAGGGGCACCAAAAACUCACUGGGCGUUCUUAGGCCAAUCACACUCAGCCUAGCCUACAGGGUUGCUGUAUGCAUAAAGUGGAACAGAGGGAGGGUAGAAAGUAUGUAUACUGUCUUGAGCUUCUUAGAAGGAAGGUAGGACACAAACAUAGUAAAUAAAUGAGAUGAGUUGAUUUUCAUGAUUUCCACUUUCCACCUUCUCAACUGAAUCACUGCAUCUUGCUGUUAUCAGUGAAAUACCUAUGUAUCUGAAUGCCCAACUAGGCCUACUUUACCAAAAAGUCUAUACUUUUCCAUAAAAAGCACUGGGUGUAAAGCAAGCUCCCCCAUGGAGCAACAUGAAGUCUGCACAAACUCCUACAGUACUUCAUAGGAGUCCUUUGACAUUAAGCAAGCCUUUCUGUGCAAGUAGACCAGCAUAAGAGACAAGCAGUAUCACUAGAAAGCAAUUUAUUAAUACUGUGAGCCAGAGCAUCUGCAUUUCAUUUCCAAGUGACAUCUAUCAUCUCUGUGAAAGGACUGAUAAGGCGAUCUAUGCAGGGAUCUCAACUUUUAAAAAAUUGAUAGGUGGGAUAUUUGGAUUGGAUUCACAACACCGGGGGGGGGGGAGCUGUUUCCAUGAAAAAAACAGUCUCCCUGGAGCAGCUUAUUCACUGGGGGUGGGAACCACAUUUACCCCUUGAGGAAGAAAAUUUAUAUUGGGGGAAUUUGAUUUUAAGAAGUUACAGGAACUUCAGUCAGGGUCCUGAAAUUCUCAUGCCCUGUUUGUCCCUAAGAGGCACUCUUGAUCAAAGUGCAGUUCCACCCUCAUUCUGAUUCUUAAGCUCAGGAAAGAGAUGUUUUAACUGUGGAUGAAAUUCCCCUUCCUAUAGGAAAAAAGAAGCAGUUAAGAUGGCAGGCUAUUUCCAAGCACAUUCCUCUUGUCACUCCAAGGAAUUUUGGUGCAGUAGAUAGGGGCCGAUUCAUCACCACCUUGGCUUUAGAAGUGGGACAGACUAGCCAUCAAGAUGACCAGCUGACAGUUUAAGGAACCAUUUCUGCCAGGGUGCUGUGCUAAGGUACUAAUUCAGAAAAAAUCAGAAGAAGAGGACAGAGGAAAGCAAUGGUUUCUAUUCGUCCAGGUUCCAGAAAGAGGCUUCCAUCUGUUCACAGCUGAAGUCUGUGGCCGAAGAUUCCACUUUCUCCCUUCUGCUGGCAAAGAUUUAAAUGAUGUCAGCUUUUUUUUUGUUUUCAAGUUUUAUUUUUAAAGGGACUACAUGUAGAGAAGCCUUUACCUGGCAAGUGAGCCCUUAGGGGGAAAUAUCACCAUAUAUACAGUUCUGUCCUUGGAUUCACAGUACAGCUUCUUGACUCACAUGCUUCCACUGUUAAAAGAAAUUUGGUCAAAGCUUUCGACUUAACUCUCCAGGUGAUGAUAUUAAAGCAGGCCUACUUAUCAGCAUGGGUCAACUCCGGGAAGAUAAAACCAACCUUGUCUUCUCUUUACUCCCACCUCACAAUUCAGCCGUUUCUCCCAUU